UUUUGAGCCCUAGUCAUUUCCCGCAAGUUUGACUUCGAAAUUCGAAUAUCCCCAAUCCAAAACCCUAGCAAAUCGAAUUUAGUUCCACUCUAGAUUUUUUUUUAGUUUCUUUUUUCAAUUAUGCUAGUUAUCAACAUUUCCUUUAAGCAAUAGGCGUCGACGAGUGGCGAAUUGGAGGAGAUGAGGCUAUUUGUUAGGGUUAUAUCAUGGGAGACAACUGAUGAAGUUCUGAACCAACACUUUAGCAAGUAUGGAACGGUGGUUGGGUCUGAGAUUGUAAAGGACCGAAACAGUGGCCAUCCUAGAUGCUUUGCUUUUGUCUCAUUUUCUCAAUCCUCUUCUGUUAAUCAUGCCCUUACAUCACAUUCUUGGAAGAACGGUAGAGGUGAAAAAAAUCCAUCCCAUGGAUUGAACAACAACAACGUAGACAGCAGCAUGAUAGGUGUGGAGUAGGAAUAGUAGGAUCAACAAUCUUGGUAAUCCAAAGAAAAUUUUUGUAGGAGGUUUGUCAGCUGACUUAACUGAGGAAGAAAUUUGGAGUUUUUUUGAGAAGUUUGGUAGGACUACAGACGUAGUUGUGAUGUAAGAUAAUGUGACCCAUAACCCGAGGGGUUUUCGAUUUAUUACUUCUGAUUCAGCGGAUUGUAUUGAGAAGGUUAUCCAAAAAAGUUUCAUGAGUUGAGUGGAAAGCUUGUGGAGGUUAAGAGGGCUAUACCUAAAGAAG